UCGUCUUUAUUCUUUAACCAUUUGCUCUGUGGUGCUUCGUCGUCCCCAACGCCAAGCUAUGGCUGAGAAGGUAGAGGAAAAGGAAAGAGACGAACUCACUGAGUCACUCAACGAUCUCUUCACCAGCGUCUUCAACAUGGUGAAGGGAGAGCUUCAGGGAACAAACAAUCUACUAGAACUUUUGGAGAAGAUGAAUCUCAGAGUGGCGGAAGAGUAUAAAGGCUUUGGUGACGUGGCUUCCGGGUUAAGGGUUUUUGUGGAGCAGCUGAAAUCCAAAAGUGGCAACUUUGAUGAGUAUGUUCAGCAGAUUGAUGCAAUAGAACAGCAAGUGACAGAAUUUGAAGCUGUAAUCUCCGUGCUUGAUAAAUAUGUUUCUUUGUUAGAAUCAAAAGUGCAAUCUGUUUACCAAAUUCCUCCUUCAUAAGUAUAUAGUUACGAAUUGUUGCUGAAAUCGAUUUCAACAUUGAUCCUAAUUCGUUUAUGUCCAAGAUUUGUUGUUCUUUUUC